GGUGGAGCUUGUUUCCUUUCUUGUACAGCUUUUGAUGGACGUUGAUUUAUUUUCUUCCCCACAAGCAGGAUUUCCAAUCCUCGAACUUCCUAUGAUCUCCUGGAUGGAGCAGGAGGAAGAGCCGUGCAUCCUGGAUCUCCAGGGCUCCGAGGAAAGGGAGAUCCAGAGAGACACACCCACAGGUGACAGGGCAGCAAGUGAGGAUGAGGUGAAUCCUCAGCAGGAAGUGGAGCCGUGUGGGACGGUCUCGGGGCUUGUUCCAGCCUGCCAGAGCCAGGGUGGACCAGGGAGGCUGCGUGUGAACCCUCCGAAGAUGAGGCGUCGUCGGUCUGCCCACCGUGAGAGGGGAUUCAUCAACCUGCUGGGCAUCCUGGAGCCCCGGCGCCCGGCAGAUAAGCCCUACCGGUGCACAGAGUGUGAGAAGAGCUUCAGCCAGAGCUCAAAUCUCAUCGAGCACCAGCGGAUCCACACGGGCGAGCGCCCCUUCACCUGCAGCGAGUGCGAGAAGAGCUUCAGCCGCAGCUCCACCCUCAUCGAGCACCAGCGCACACACACGGGCGAGAAGCCCUACACCUGCCCCGAGUGCCAGCGCAGCUUCAGCCGCAGCUCCACCCUGACCGAGCACCAGCGCACCCACACCGGGGAGACCCCUUUCCACUGCCCCGAGUGCGGCAAGAGCUUCAGCCGCACCUCCAACCUGGUGAAGCACCUGCGCACCCACACGGGCGAGAAACCCUACGGCUGCAGGGAGUGCGGCAAGCGCUUCAGCCUCAGCUCCAACCUCAUCAAGCACGAGCGCACCCACACCGGGGAGAAGCCCUUUGCCUGCGGGGAGUGCGGCAAGCGCUUCAAGAAGAAGACCCACCUGGUGUCCCACCACCGCACCCACACCGGGGAGCGGCCCUACGAGUGCACGGAGUGCGGCAAGCGCUUCAGCCAGAGCUCCACCCUCAUCGAGCACCAGCGCAUCCACACCGGCGAGAAGCCUUUCCGCUGCCCCGACUGCGGGAAGUGCUUCUGCGUCAGCUCCAACCUCAUCAAGCACCAGCGCAUCCACACCGGGGAGAAGCCCUACGGCUGCAGCGCCUGUGGGAAGAGCUUCCGCUACAAGCCCCACUCGGUGCUGAUCGAGCACAUGCGGAUCCACACGGGCGAGCGCCCCUUCGUCUGUGGCCAGUGUGGCAAGCGCUUCAGCCAGAGCUCCACCCUGCUGGGCCACCAGCGCACCCACACGGGCGAGAAGCCUUUCACCUGCCCCGAGUGCCAGCGCAGCUUCAGCCGCAGCUCUGCCCUGACCGAGCACCAGCGCACCCACACCGGGGAGACCCCUUUCCAUUGCCCCGAGUGCGGCAAGAGCUUCAGCCGCACCUCCAACCUGGUGAAGCACCUGCGCACCCACACGGGCGAGAAACCCUACGGCUGCAGGGAGUGCGGCAAGCGCUUCAGCCUCAGCUCCAACCUCAUCAAGCACGAGCGCACCCACACCGGGGAGAAGCCCUUUGCCUGCGGGGAGUGCGGCAAGCGCUUCAAGAAGAAGACCCACCUGGUGUCCCACCACCGCACCCACACCGGGGAGCGGCCCUACGAGUGCACGGAGUGCGGCAAGCGCUUCAGCCAGAGCUCCACUCUCAUCGAGCACCAGCGUAUCCACACCGGCGAGAAGCCUUUCCGCUGCCCCGACUGCGGGCGUGGCUUCUACGUCAACUCUAAGCUGGUCAAACACCGGCGCAUCCACACCGGGGAGAAGCCCUACGGCUGCAGUGCCUGUGGGAAGAGCUUCCGCUACAAGCAGCAGUUCACCCGCCACCAGCAGCUGCACCAGGGGGAGGAGACGGUGGCUGUCCUGACCCUGGGUGGGGUCAAUGUCCUCCUAACUUAGAGUACGGGAAUUCCUUGGGCCUCCUGUCUUGGAGUACGGUAAUUCCUUGUCCAGAUUUCCUGCAGCUCCGGGAGUGGGUUCUAGUGCGGGGGAGGCUGAGAGUCAGGACUGCUGGGUUCAAUCCCUGGCUCUGGAAGGAGAGUGGAAUUUAGUGGUUACAGCAGGUGGAGGCUGGAGUCCUGGGUUCUCUUCCUGGAUCUGGGAGGGGGUUGAGGUCUAGGGGUAGAGCAGGUGGGCUGGCAGUCAGGACUCCUGGGUUCUACCUAGAGUUCUUGGGGGGGUGGGGUGGGUCUAGUUGGUUAGUGCAAGGCAGGGCCAAGAGUGAGCACUAAUGAGUUCCGUUCCCAGCUGUGAUUGAGUAUUUGCGAAUUUGUGCGGAGGAAGGAGGUUGGGAGUAGCUGAAAACUGAUGUUAUGGUGAGCCUUGCUUUACGCUACCAGGACAUCACCAGAGCUAACCUCCAGGUUAGUGGUUCAAAUCUAGCUGAGGCAAGGUGCUCCCAGCCUGAGAGAUACUAAUUCAGUGUGUUGGAACCCUUCCCACAGCAAGACGGCCCUGGGAUUCCCCUCCCAUCUAGGGCACGGUGGUCACACACCUGUUCAUGACUCCCCUGGUGGGGUCAGAGCUCACACUAGAUAAAAGAUCACUUUAUACAGUUGAGAACCCUUCCAUUAUAGCGACUAACAGACUGUAGACUCUCAACAGUUCCAAAGGCAGUGUUCUCGGUCUCUUGGCUGUGUUAUAUUGGUUUGUAUGCACUAGUUGUGUGUUUGUGUGUAUUGGUAAAAUACCAACCCUGCACUGAUAGCAUGCUGAGGUUGAGAUGUAUAAGUAGUUGCAGGAAGGUCGGGGUGGAAUUAAAGUCUAAACUUCCCACCUCAGUGUUAACCUCAUUGCAUCAAGUCAUUGUAACAGGGUCCCUCCAUUGCAGCAGAAGAGAGGAGGAGUCUAAGGGCUUAUCUGCAUUGGCAAAU